AUUGACCAUUGAUGGACAUCAUACAUUUGCUGAGGAGUACCAAUACCAAGCAGACCCAGAACUUGUAAACCGAAUCCUGGAUAUAAAAGAAGUGAAUGAUAUGAUUGAUUCUAUUGGAAAUUACCUCAACUCUGAAAGUAUGUUGUCAGCAUCUGCAAAGGCUAUCCAAAAAUCUUACAAAGCUGUCAGAUCAAAGAUUAAAAAACAAAAGGAAUUCAAUGCUGCUUUAAGCCAAAAAAUAGAGUCAAUUGAGUACCCUAUUCAACAUGCAGAAGAAAUUUUAUAUGCCUUAUACAAGCAAGACAUUGCGUUAAACAAGUUCGGAAAAAGCAUAAGAUCAUUCAAGAAGAUAACUGAUUCUAUUAGUAAAAAGACAAAUUCUAUGAAGACAGCUUUAAAUGCAGCUAAUGAUACAGUGACUGAUACAAAAGAUAUUAUCAAUGUUUAUCUGAAUGUAACUAAAGAGAGUCCUGUACCAGGUAAUCCCUGUAUUUUGAACCAGAAGGUGUGUGGUAAACAUGGUUUGUGUUCAUUUGGCGAAGCUUUUCAGUGCCUAUGUGCAGGGUUCUACAAUGGUACAUAUUGUGAGGACAAAACUGAUGAAAGAUGUACGCUGAAAUGUCCAUUUGAUAUUGGGGAUAGGAAAUCAAGAUGUGUGAUCUACAAUGGUUUUCAGACGUGUGAGUGUCCCACUGUGAUAUAUGCUGACUUGGGAUGUAUCGCUGUCCCUGGGUCAAAUGAUUAUUAUGGAUAUUGCAGAUUGAACUGUGAAGACGAAGAAGAAGAAGAAUGA